GGAAAGCUAGCAGAGGCCUGCUCCUCCCAUGUACCUGCCAGGACAAAAGAGGUUUAACCAAUCAGGGAGCUCCGCAGUCCCCCAUGGAAACAAGGGAGGAGGGAGGGCAGACGGGAGCGGCACAAUCUCGCUGGAUUCGCUCAGGCAUGCAGUUCAGGUUACAAGAGGAUGAAAAAAUGGGCUCUGUGCCCAGCCUGCUGUUUUCAGUCUGCUUGCUUUUGUCCAUCACCCUAAGUUCCACAGCCCUUCCAGCUCUACCCGCCAGCAGCACUCCCAAAAACAGCACUGAAAUAGGGGGGAGCAGCACUGCACCCACAGCAGUCCCCACAAGCUUGGGUCAGAGCAGCACCGUCGCCAUGGAGAUAUCGACAAGCUCCACCCAGCCCAACACCACCACCCCCGAGGCAUCCCCAAGCCUCUCACAGAGUAGCACCAUCGACACGAGCCUUUCUCCAAGCCCCACCCAGGAAAACACCACUGACCUGACAACAACCCCGCUGCCCUCGACAACAGACCUGAACCAAACCACUGGAUGGAAUACAACAGAACAUUCCCCAACCAAUCAGACGCAGCCAACCCCGCUCCACUCCUCAACAUCAGUGGCAACCAGCCAAAGUGCUCAGACCACUGUCACGACCAUGAGCAUAUCGACUCCCACAGAGACCAUUAAUACCACGGCAACUGUCAAAACACAAGAACCACAGCUUGGACUGUCCGAUUCUGAAGCUUCCAUGACCAUCCUCUUUGGAGUGGUACUGGGGCUGACUGUCCUCAUCAUAGCCGGGUACAGCAUUCACAGAUGCAAGCAGAAGAGAUCGCAGUACAUACAUCAGCCUCUCUACAACAGCUCGGAGACAGUGGACAGAUUUUCGCCUCCAGACGACACCCUGGUUAUAUCUGGGGGACUCUACGACGGACCGGAGACCUCUAACUCCGCGGCGGAGGACAUGGGAUUGCACUUGGACCCGCCCCCGUUCGCGCCCCAGGCCACGCAGUUCAGGCUGGAGUUCCUGUCCGAGGAUCAGCAGAAGCCCCCGGACCGUGGAGCGCCCACCUUCCAGAGCUUCCAGCCCUUCGAUGCCAGAGACUGAAGCACACGGGGUCACAUGAUCACGCCUGAUCACACGUGCCAUUGCUCCUUUCAUAGACAUUGCUUCAGGUUUAUUCAAAGCGUCAUAACAUUCCAAUCCCACGGGCUCUUUGGGCUGCUUGAAGUUUUUUGAAGUAAAUUUAAGCAUUGUAACUGAUGAUUUCCCUCAUCUAAAAUGGAAAAGCUAAUUUCAUGGGACCAAGUCUUAGAAAAUAGCAGCAGUGUAAUGUAAUGGGUAAGGAGCUGGUCUUGCAAAACUAAAACAGGUUUGAUUCCCAGGUGGGACACUGCUGUUGUACGCGAGAGCAAGGUACUUAACCAGCUUCAGUAUAAAUCCAGCUGUAUAAAUAGAUAAAUGUAAAUGCUGCAUAAAAUGUUGUGUAAGUCACUCUGGAUAAGAGCGUCUGCUAAAUGCCUGUAAUGUAACAAUCAUUUUUCAUGUUUCUGUGUUCGAUGAGUUAUUUUUUGUUUUUGUGACUGGAUUUUGACCUUCAGGCACUCAAACGUCCCUUGGUGGAAUCGCUGCAUGAAAAAUGGCAUUACUAACAGUACAGGAAAGGCAUCUGGAGAUCCACUGCUUUACUGAGUCCCAGCUGAGGAUUCUCAUUUCCAGCUACAAAGAAUUUCAUAAGGGAAAUGAGUUUUCAUAAUCAUGUUUCAGAGAUGGAUGGCUAAAUUAACCAUUGCUGAGGAAGAGAUUUAAUUGCAUAUCCUUUCACAUUUAACUAUAGCCUAACAGAUAACUUCCGGUAGUCUUCCCUCCAUGGGAAAAUCUUGCUGUUGAAUAUUAGUAAUGGAGGCAGGUGACCCAAGCAAACUGCAUCCCCACAGUUCCUGCACCACUGUCUCUGCAACGCUCACAUGUGCAGUAAAAUAGCUUAGCACAUCUGUACCACCCUUUUGACAAAGCUUUACCAUAGAAAUAAACAGAAAAAAUAUUCUUUUUGGAAGAUAA